AGAAACCUGAAAAUUCCCACUGAACAAGAUGUAGUCUCUCGAAAUGUAUAUAACCUUUGUCCAACACCUCGAUUUCUCUUCAAAUAUAUCUCCACCUCUCAGCAAACAUCAGCAUACCGACGCCCCAAGAUGUCGGACCCCAAAUCAGAAAAAGUCAUAACGCUGCCGUCUGGUGCGGAGCCUUCCGACACUGAAGGAGAGAUACAGCCGGGCACCGUCGUCGAAAAUGUUGAUCAAUUGAAACGACACUUAGGGAAUCGCCAGAUUCAGCUGAUUGCCAUCGGAGGGUCCAUUGGCACAGCGUUGUUCGUCAGUAUCGGCGGUGGUCUUGUCAAGGGAGGCCCAGGUUCUUUGUUCCUGGCAUAUGUCAUCUACUGCUCCCUCCUGGGCUUGGUCAACAACUCCAUGGCAGAGAUGGCCAUCUUUAUGCCGAUUUCCGGGUCCUUUAUUCGCAUGGCUGGCAAGUGGGUAGACGAUGCCUUUGGAUUCAUGGCCGGCUGGAACUUCUUCCUCUACGAAGCGACGUUGAUUCCAUUCGAAAUCUCGGCUCUCAAUUUGGUGUUGACGUUCUGGAGCGACAACAUUCCUGUUGGCGCAAUUUGUGCUGCUUGUAUAGUAUCAUAUGGCGCUCUGAACCUCUUUGCUGUCAAGUACUACGGCGAGGCUGAAUUCUGGCUCGCCUCCGGCAAAGUACUUCUCAUUGGAGUGGUUUUCUCUUUCGCGUUCAUUACGAUGAUUGGAGGCAGUCCUCAACACGAUGCCUAUGGCUUUCGGUAUUGGAAUAAUCCUGGCUCCUUCGCGGAAUACAUCACCACCGGUACUCUCGGCCGCUUUGAAGGAUUUCUUGGAGCACUCUGGACAGCAGCAUUCACGAUUGUCGGCCCGGAAUACCUAGCAAUGGUCGCUGGAGAAGCAAAACGACCCCGAGUAUACCUCAAGGCCGCCUUUAAAACCAUGUACUGGCGAUUCGCAAUAUUUUUCAUGGGAGGCGCUCUCUGCGUUGGCAUUGUCCUGCCUUAUAACGAUGCCACCCUGAACAACGUUCUUUCUGGCAAGAGUGGCGGCUCGGGCACGGCCGGUGCAUCCCCAUAUGUCAUUGCCAUGCACAACAUGGGCAUCACGGGCUUGCCGCACUUCACAAACGCACUCCUCGUCUCCUCUAUUUUCUCGGCCGGCAACGCACUCACCUACUGCGCGACGAGAUCUCUGUAUGGCCUCGCGCUCGCUGGCCAGGCUCCGCGGUUCUUGAAAAAGUGCACAAAGGCAGGCAUUCCGGUGUACUGUUAUUUGGUGACCAUGAUCUUCCCAUUCCUAUCUUUCCUGGCAGUCUCGAAUGGAACGUCUCAAGUCAUUACGUGGUUGGUCAACUUGACCGAAGCCGCACAGAUGAUCAACUAUAUCGUCAUGUCGAUCACCUACCUUUUCUUCUUCAGGGCGCUUAAGGCACAAGGCAUUGAUCGAAAAAGCUUACCGUAUGUCGGCUGGUGGCAACCUUACUGCGGCUGGAUUGGAUUGUGUGGCAUGGUCGUCACGGUGACUUGCUAUGGAUACGCGACUUUUUUGCCUGGUUACUGGGAUGUUGGAACAUUUUUCUCGUAUUACACUAUGGUGCUGUUGGCACCGAUCACCUUUACUGGCUGGAAGCUCGUCAAGCGCACAAAAUUCGUUCCUGCUUCCCAGGCGGAUCUCGUGUGGGACAAGCCUAUCAUCGACGCGUAUGAGGCUGCGCUCAUAGACGAGCCCACUGGUUUCUGGAGGGAAGUCGCGGCAAUGUUGGGACUAAGGAAGUUGAUGAGAUUGGUGAAGACGAAAAAUCAGGUGUAAAUGUACCUGUGCGUUGAACCAACGGCGAGACCUAGAGGGAUACUGCUCAAGGUAAAGAAGG